AUGGCCGUCUCCCCCCGCCCCGGCGUCUUGAUGCUCGGCCGAGUCCACCACGCAAAGGCCGAGUUUGGGAAGCUCUCUGAGGUUGCCGACGUCACCCAACUCACCUCGGGCACCCGGCAUGACUUUAUUCGCGACUGCGAUGCGGGCAAGUACAGCAAUGUCGUCGCCAUCUCGCGGACGUACGAUUCCAUCACCGGGCGCUUUGAUGCUGAACUCAUCUCCCACCUCCCGCCGUCCGUCAGAUUCAUCUCUCACAACGGCGCCGGCUACGACCAGAUAGACAUUGAGCCGUGCAACAGACGCAACAUUUCCGUCUCCAACACGCCGACGGCCGUCGACGCCGCCACCGCCAACACUGCCCUCUUCCUCAUCCUCGGCGCCCUCCGCCGCGCAUGGAUCCCACAAGAAGCCAUACGCGCUGGCAAAUGGCGGAAGGGGACACCCCUGGGCCGUGAUCCAGACGACCUGAUGCUGGGCAUCCUCGGCAUGGGCGGCAUCGGCACCGCCACGGCCAAACGCGCCGCCGCGUUUGGCUUCAAGCUGCAGUACCACAACCGGACGCCCGUGGCAAACCUUGACGAGCAGUUCCGAGGACAGAGCGUGCCGAGAUACGUCAGCUUCGACCAGCUGCUGAGGACGAGCGACGUGAUUUCGGUGCACCUUCCCCUGGGGCCGGCGACGCAGGGCCUCAUCGGUGCAGAGCAGCUAAACAUGAUGAAGGAUGGCGUCAUCAUCGUCAACACCGCACGCGGGGCCAUUAUCGACGAAGCAGCGCUGGUGGGCAGCUUAGAGUCGGGCAAGGUCUGGAGCGUGGGGCUCGACGUAUUUGAAAAAGAGCCUGCAGUGCACCCCGGCCUGCUCAAGCAUCCCGGUGCCGUACUCUUGCCGCACGUCGGCACCGCGACUGUGGAUACGCAGCGGAGGAUGGAGGCGCUUGUGAUAGACAAUGUGCGCAGUGCCAUCACCAAGGGCAGGCUGGUGACACAGGUUGAUGAGCAAAAGCCCACAGUGGCCAAGUUAUAA